UUUCCCACACUCAUUAUCGUGCUCACUGAUUCCCAGUGUAAGUACAGCUAAAAUCUAGUGAUCUCUGCUAAACUGUUUACUCUGUUCUGAUAUGAACCAUCGCAGCACGGAUUUGAGUUGCCUUUCUCUUUAAUUCAGCUGGAUACUUUAUUGCGGAGCCCCCACAAAAUGUUGGAGGGCGGGCUGCGCAGCAGCAGCAGUGCAGUGAGUUGUCAAAAAUCUGUUGUGGUGGUGACGCCGAGGGUCCAGAACGCCCACUACGGUAAAUUGAUGUGAAGUUUGACUCGCGAGGGGUUUCAGAUUUAACGUUACGAUGGUGAUUGUCUUUUUCAAGUGAGCUGAACGAUAAUGCAGCGAUUUCUCGCACUGCAAGUUCGGGCGGCGGACAAGCGCAAGGGCGCGGGCAGCGCAUAGUUAUCCAGUGCGCAAGUGUCAUUCUGCUGGAUUAUCCCAAAACAACUGCGUCUCCAACUGCAGCGGGAUGCCUCUGAUCAGCCUGGACGACGAUGAUCAGAGAUGGGUCCCGACGCACGUCAACGUGACCGUCCUUCGUGCGAAGGGUCUGCGGACGAAGGGCAAGCAAGGCAGCCGCUAUGUUUACACUAUCAUCCAGGUCGGCAAGGAGAAGUACACCACCGGCCUGGUGGAGAAGGCUGAGGAGCCGCAGUGGAACGAGGAGUGCUCGUUUGAGCUGCUGCCUGGGCUGCUGGAGGCGGGUGACAUGAGCGCGUACCCGCCCGGGAGCAGCAACCUGGUGCUCACCGUGAUGCAUCGAGUGCUCAUCGGGCUGGACGUAUUUCUCGGUCAAACUAUUAUCCCCCUCGACAAAGUUUUUCAAGAUGGAAUGUGUCCUAGAAAUGAGUGGCUCAAGCUGAAGUCCAAGGCUGGUCGGAAGGAGAAGGAACGAGGAGAGCUGCAGGUCACCGUCCAGUUUACACGCAACAACAUGACCGCCAGUAUGUACGAUCUGACCAUAAAGGACAAGCCUCGGUCUGCGUUUGGAAAGCUGAAGGACCGCGUCACUGGAAGAAAGAGAGGAGACGUGGAAUCCUCCUCUGCCAUUUUACCUGGCCGUUACGCCGCCCUGUCAGGGUCGGUAGGUCCUCCUUUUGCAGGAGAUGGUGGACCCGACGAGCCGGGAGAGGAAGAGGGGGUCGAUGAACACAGGAGCAAGGUGAAAGACUUCUUCCUUAAAGGAAAACUGCGCAAGAAUUCAGACACACGAUCUUGUUCGUCAUUGGCGUCAGACAGUAGCAUGGCAUCAUCUGCUGGGGAACCAUUCGUCUCGGUAGAGCUGUCCAGAACACCCAUUUACAGCAGCAGAGUGAUGGAGCCCUUCCGAAUUGAUGCUGAAGGUGGGAUGAAAGUGAUGACUCACAAGCGUGCACACAGCGAUGAAGCCAGUAAGAUCACGGGUGUUCCUCGUCCCAGCCCUGCCUUGGAAAACAUAAAAGGCCAGAGUAUGGCACUCUCCAAAUCAACCCUCUGCAUCAACGGUAGCCAUAUCUACUCAUCCGAGCCUGCCAGCCCCAAGAGUCCAAGCACCAUCCCGGCCAAGCGCACCCUGCUGGAGAAAUGUGCACCUCUUUCUCGCUCUCUCCAGAAUCUGACCCGACGCGGCGAGGACUCGCAGAAGAGCGACGGGAGACGCUGGUCCAUUGAAAAGAGCAAGAAGGAGGACGGCGAGACAGAUGGAGCUCAGAGUCAGACCCAAGGGGCCGCCACCUCAGAGGGAAAGCCAGUGCAGGCCGCUGGACCUGUGGAAGUGGUGGAUAAAGGAAAAAAGCUAAGGAAAACUCUGUUUUCUAGUGGGAGGAGUGACUCUCUCCCAGCCAAGCCGGAGCAGAGCCAGGUUUCUGCUCCUCUUGAGGGCAGACGCAGAGGAUGGUUUGGCUCCGGUGACUCUCAGAACAAGCCAAGGCUGGGAGUCUCUCCUAAGGUAGAGAGCAGCUCAGACACCCCCUGUCAGAUCCCUUGCUCCCCCAGUCAGCCCCCCUGCUCUCUUCCCCUCGGUUGCACUACUGGCUCGGUGUCUCCCCCUAGUGGCAACCCAUUCACCCACUCAUCUCCAACACCCCCUUCCAUCUCUCCCUCUAACCCUUUCCUAACACGACUACAGCAAAACCCCUUUUUUGAGGAUCUUAUAGCCGAGGAAGCACUAAAGUUUCCAACUGCUGAUUCUAAUUCGAGUCUUUAUCAUUAUCCAGUCGGAUGCAGUCCACUCCGUAAUGGAGCGCAGAACAAAAUGUCCAUAAUAAAGCGAGAAAGACCAAGAAGUAUGUCCAGGCAAAGGUCUCUUCCGGCCAUCAUGCCUGAGACACCAGAUAAAAGCUCAAACACUAAUCCGAACCACUCUCUGUCUGAGAGGGCUGGAGAAUGGGAUGAUUUUGAAGAGUUUGCCACCAGCCGGCUCAAAUCACCCAACGGGACUCCAACUAGACCUCCAUCAGCACCGUUUCUCUCGCAGGUACCAAAUACAAACCAAAUUAAGAAAGCGAACAUUAGUUUAAGGGUUGAUGAAGUUGACAUGGGUGUUUCAAGGCCAUGGGAUCUGCCUCCUCUACCACCACGUAGACCCAUGAGGACCCAAGGGAUCACUACGGACAGCUGGUUGGAUAGAGCCCAGGAGCUAGCUGUGCAGAAAGAGGCUUGCUUCCUUUCCCAGACUGACUUCGCCUCCCUUCAGCAUGUGAGAGAUGGAGACGUGAAGAGGAACUCUCAGAUUUUAUGUUCAGAUAAAGAGAUGCACCAUAUUUCUUCAGGAGGGUGUAACAAGAUGGAUGCAGAGUUGCACAGUGGUAUCAGACUGAAUGAAUUCAUGGUUGAGGAAAUCAAUUUCACUACGAACAAUAAUGGUAACGGCUCACCGAAUGAUUUCAGUGAAGAUGCACUUGGAAGUUCUGAAUGCGAGUACACAGUACCUGAAACUCUCUGUUUCCCUUCUGACUGGGAAACCACAGUGGCCGAAUCACUUUGCAGUUCCCCUCAGAACCAACCAAAGCAAGAUUCAGAAUCAUCCUGUGAAAUAAAGAUCUUUAAUGAACAACAGUGCAAGACUAAAACCAACGGCGUGGGUUUGUUGACCCUCUCACCUAGAGAUUCCAACAACAAUACUGAUAGUACUUCAGAGUUUGCUUUUAUUGAUUCUGAAAGUUCACCGUCUGAGUUGCAACCACCUUUUGAUGCUCUUAAAUCAUCCAAAGAUUGCUCCAAUUUGCAGCUGAAUGGUUCUUCGCUUCCAAGGUGCUCCCCAGGCUUACCUGAGGAUUUAGUGUGCAGAAUGGCAUCAGAGUUGGAGAUGUUUUCACCAAAGAACAGCCAUAAUAACAUCACAUCACAUUUGUCUAACUCACAAAACCAUCACCAUUGCUUGUCACCUUUUGAAGAACUAGGAGAACAAAAAGUCAACACUUGUGAACACCGAAACACUGCUUCAGAGUUUAACUGUGAGUCUCAAGACGUGGCUGACGUUCUCCUCAACAAAGAGAUCACUGUGAUCACUCAAAUGUGCUCAAGCAAAGAAAACACUGUGACAGUGCAAAACCAACAAGAGGUAGCAAAAGACAAUGAGUUGCUCGAUUCAGAAGCUUGCUUCUUAAAAAAUGAGGUUGAGGAAUCUAGUUCGACGCUUGAAGAACAAAUAAGCUUCGAGGACUUGCAUGCUAGAGUAGCUCCAAGAAACUCCAGAAGCCCCUAUAAAACGGAAGUCAGAUCAGCCCGCAUCAGACCGCGCUCAACCACAGGCUCACCCAAAACCGUCUCUGGUGCCGAUUCGCUCCCAGGGUCUCCUCAUCCUACAUCAGAUCUCAUUUUGCAUGGUCCUUCCCCUUCACCCACCCCAUUAGCUGGUGCUAAUUCCUGCUUCCACCCUGACCCUUCCCUUCCUGCGAACCCCCCAAACGAGUUGCCCAGCAUGGGUUCCACACGCUCCUCCACCGCCCAGCCCCACGUUGACGCACCGCUCUCCCUCUCACCUGAGGAGACACAGCCAGCUAACGUCCUCCUGCCCCAUGAGGAGAGCAGCCCUCACCCAGUGAAGCCCUUGACCAACACAACUCUGCAGGGUGAAAAGAAACCAGAAAGCCGCUCAGUGUUGGAGAAACUCAAGUCCACCAUCAACCCAGGACGAUCUGCACCACCAACCUCUGCUGAGGAUGAGCAAAACCAGCUGGCUCUGAUGGAGGCUCGGGCUCAGUAUCAAAACAUGACCAACAUGGAGCUGAUAGCCCUGCUGCUUCAGCAGGAAAUGGACGUCAAGAAGCAGCGGGCUGAAACUGAGGUGCAGAUGGCGUUAUUGGAGAAACGUGAGGCCGAACUGAAGAAGAUGAAGGUUCAGGUCAGAGACCUGGAGGACUACAUCGACAAGCUGCUGGUGCGCAUCAUGGAACAGACGCCGACCUUGCUGCAGGUACGCGCCAGACCAAAAUGACUACAGUGACCUGCUCCGUCCCGAGAACACCUCAUAUUGAUCUAAAGCCAUUCGUGAUGCUUCAUUAAAUUUCAAAACUGCCAGAUUCACGUAGACACGAUAAAGCUUUGCAUGCUUCCUAAUGGAUUUCCAAAUCCACAAUCAUUGAAGUUUAGCAUACGUAGUCAAGCUAUGAGCACAAGGCAGUGGUUAAAAGUUAAAAAAGGAUGUACAAUUAGAUUUUGUUGAUUAUAUGUAGAUGUAAAUAUUCAUAGGAUCUACACUAAUAUGACGUCUUCCUCAUUAAUAUGCUAAUUUUCCUAAUAGGAAAUAUGAUCCGGGAUCUUGAUGCAUCAGUAUACCAAAACCUCAAGCAAAAUGUUAUGAAAAUUCACAAAUGCAAAUAAAAAAGCACUGCCUUUAUUAACUGACUUCUUUAAAAGUCACUUUAACACUCUUCUUUCCUCAUAAUUGGAAGUAUUUGGAACAAAAUCAUAAAAUAAUACUAAAAAAACCCUGAAACCUCUCAACUAUCUCAGUCUUCCAUAUCCUCACUCCUGUCCAUAUCUCAAGAAAAUAUUGUUUCGGAUUUAUUGACAUGGUAUUUACGUGGUAUUAUAACUAAUGUGUUACACUGUCCGAUGUGAAUCCAGAGAUUUAAAAACAUAUUUAAUAAAUAAUAUGUGGCCUCAUACACCUUGUGUCAAAGUUGAUGUAAAAUAUUGCUUUCGAUAAUAUGUAAAUGUAAAUAUCUUACUUCUUGAUAGCUUUACAAGCACCUUAUGCGCAUUAUGCAAAAACGUUGUGCUUGAGUCAGUCAGCUUUGCCAUAUAGAAACCGCUGAUAACAGUGCAUGCUCACUUCCAUCAAGCACCCGCACAAAAGCAGAGACUGUCUCUGCAAACAUGUAAGCUAUGCAAUACAACAUGCUAAUCUGUAGCUUAAGAUAAUAUAUGCUACACGAAAAUAUAUUCAUGAAGCCUUAGCACUGCAGCAUACUUAGAUCUUAGAUCAUUGCUAAAGUAGCACAUUUAGUGAUAUGCAAACGCCUAAGCUUUGUAAACCACAAAAGCGAUGGAAAAUCUGUUGUUUGUGUUUACUGCAAAUACUUCAUUGUGUUUGUGGCUUUAUAAUUUUCUUUGAUAGUGUCUUAUAUUAUUGUUUUAUCUGUGUAUGGUUUUUUUAUUCAUUAUACAGUAUUCAGUGCUUUCUUUGUUGAUGUUUUCUCAUUUAUUCUGCUGAUGAAAAUGAUGUAAGAUUCUGUCACACAAGAACAUCAGUUCUAUGUCUUAGUAUUGAACAGAAAGUACAGGGUUCCUGUUCAUUUUGUUGGCUCAAAAUUAUAUUGUAUUUCACCGGCAAAACAUCCUGAAAUAAAAUGAAACAUUUUAGUUUGACUUUCCCCAUGUGUUGCAGGAAAGAACCAUGUAUCACUGUGAUUCUAGAUUGUUGUUGAUUCGUUUUGCUUUUUAAUUACCAUUUUGCAACAUGCCUCUGUGGAUUUAUUUACAACAUUCACAUUUGUAUUUUCUUAUUUUGUUUUAUUUAUUGCUAAUUAUUUCAAACAGCUUCAUUUUCAAAGUUUUUUGAAAAUAAAGUUAUAAAAUCA